AUGUCUUUGAGUGAGUUGGUCUUUUCCAUUUUCUUCCUGGCUCAGACUGGGAUUGGCCUCCUGGGAAACUCAACACUGCUGCUGCUCUACAUCAGCAUCUUCCUUGCCCAGCCCUCCCAAAUAAAGACAACUGACCUGAUCGUCACCCACCUAACAAUGGCCAACACAGUGAUCCUUCUCACCAACACUGUCCCAGGGAUGAUGAUGGCCUCUGAGGGGGAGAAUCCUAUGAAUGUGGUGGGGUGCCAGAUUGUUCUGUACAUAAGGAGAGUCUCCCGGGGUCUUUCCAUCUGCACCAUGAGUCUCCUGAGCAUGUCCCAGGCCAUCACAAUCAGUCCCAGCACUUCUUGCUGGGCUCGGCUCAAACCCAGAGCACCCAAGUUCAUUCUCCGUUCCUUCCCCUUCUUCUGGAUUCUCUGCUUUCUGCUAGACAUGAAUACUCUAAAUACCGUUGAAGUCAUUAGGAAUGUGACGACCGCGUUUAUUGGUGUCACUAGGAAAUCUUGUCCCAGUUCAGUUGGAACAACUGGUUUCUAUUAUUUCGCAUUUGUGAGUGCAUUUACUCUCCGAGAUAUUCUCUUUGUGUGUGUCAUGAGCUGGUCCAGUGGCUACAUGGUGAUGGUGCUACACCGACACCGCAAACAUAUGCAGCACAUCCACAGCUCCAGCCUCUCCCCCAAAUCCUCCAUUGAGUCCAAAGCCACCCAGACCAUCCUCCUCCUUGUCAUCUGCUUCAUGUUCUUUUAUUUAAUCAACUGUGGAAUUGUGUUCCUUAGUUAUGUGGUGAAGGAUGCCUUGAAGCUCUAUGUUCCUGGAUUAUUUCUGGGCUCGUGUUUUGCAUUUCUCUGUCCCCUAGUUUUCAUCAGCAAAGACCCUCGGUUCCCCAGACUCCUGUGUGACCUCAAAAAAGCUGAGAGAUCUCUCUUUGGUCAUAGAUACAGAGGUAGAACCAUAAAAAUACAGAGGUAG